AUGUCAACGUCAACACGACAAAAAUUAUCGGAAAGAGAUGAGCCACCAAAAUCGACAUUCCCGCUGUACUUUUUCAUAGUUUCGAAUAUCUGUGUUCCAGCCAUCAAAAAGUGAGUUUAAUGAGAAAUACCGGGGUAUUUUCCAAACCCAUUUUUCCGGAUUAAAAUCUCUAGACCACGAUCUCAUCAACAAAAUUUCAGGUUCUUCAAAUGGUUCUUGGCCAAAUCAACUGAACAAUUGAUUGUCACAGUGCCAGAUGUGAAGUUCAAUGAGACUUUUGGAUUAAAAGACGAAACAAACAAUAAUGAUCGACCACAACCAGUUCAUUUGACAAUUAUGAAUCCAGUUCAUUUUUGUUGGCUCCUUUUGCUUGAUCCAAAAAUGGGACUCGGUGAAACAUAUAUGGCAAAUGAUUGGAAAGCAUCACCGAAUCCAACUGAACUUUUAAGAUUACUUAUUCGUGCCAAAAGACAAACAGCAGCUGCAAGAAAGGCACAAAAUGGCGGGGAAUCACCAAAAUCAUCCUCAUUGACAUCUCAAUUAUCUUCUGCAUUUGUUGCUGUUAUUCGUUACAUCGCAAAAUGUAUCAAUUAUAUUCAACAUACUUGGCAAGAAAACUCUUUGACUCAAUCAACAAAAAAUAUCGAAGCACAUUAUGAUCUUGGAAAUGAUAUGUUCAAAUUGUUCCUUGAUAAAUCAAUGACAUAUUCAUGCGCACUUUUUGAUGACAUCAAACCAGUUACCAAUUUCGAUUUUGAUGUUUUGGAAAAAGCGCAAUAUAAAAAGAUGGAUCGAUUGAUUGAACAAUUGGAAUUGAAAGCCGAAGAUCAUGUUUUGGAAAUUGGUUGUGGUUGGGGAGCUGCUGCUAUUCGAGCUGUACAAAAGACUGGUUGCAAAUGGACUGGAAUUACAAUUUCGAAAGAACAAUUGGAAUGGGGAAGAAAGAAAGUUGUUGAAGCUGGGUUGGAGAGUCGAAUUGAUUUGAGAUUCCAAGAUUAUCGGUGAGUUCAAAAUUAUUUUUGAAAAUUGAAAUUUUGAUCAGAAGAAUCAGAAAAAAAGGUCCAGUUUUCAAAAUCUCUGAAACUGACCAUUUAUAUUUUUUGCCCGAUCAUUUUUCAAUGUCAAAAAAAGUCUCAACUGGGAAAUCAAACUUUUUCCUUAAAUAACAUUAUUUCAAUUCAGAUUAGUCAAAGAAAAAUACACUCGAGUAUUGUCAAUUGAAAUGAUCGAAGCUGUCGGUGAAAAAUAUCUUCCACAAUAUUUCCAAAUUAUCAACGAUGUUUUGGAAGAUGGUGGAAUUUUCGCACUUCAAGGAAUCAUUUGCCCAGAUGCUUAUUAUGAUCAAUACAAAAAAUCAUCAGAUUACAUCAAGAAAUACAUCUUCCCUGGUGGACAUUUGCCAUCCCUUGGUGCAAUUGCUUCUUCUCUUCCAAAAACAAUGAAACAAACUGAUCUUUUCAGUAUGGGACAUCAUUAUUCAAUGACUUUGGAACAUUGGUUCUUGUAAGUUUUUUUGUAUUUGUUAGAUGUUUAGGAUUUCAAAAUUAACUUUGAAUAUUUCUAGCGCGUGGAUGAAAGCUCAACCAGAAAUCGAAUCAAUGCGUCUUCCAUCGGAUUUCCAUCGCCGUUGGCAAUUUUAUUUCUGUCUUUGUGCAGCUCUUUUCUCAUAUGAUAAUAUUGAUGUCGUUCAAAUGACAUUCAAAAAAGAUAAAUAG